AUGUUAGACACGGGGCAGCCUUCGAGCUCCAGCGCGGCGCCCGCACCACCAGCACGGGAGGAUCUGUACUCCGGCGAGGACGGUGCGUGGUGGCAUCCGCCUCCUCGACGCGUUCCUCCCCGCAGCGCCCUCUACGACUCGCCCGCGCGCGAGCCCGUCCCACGCUGCCACGGGCAGACCCGCAAGCCCGUCUUCUCGAGCAUCCUCGCAUGGACAGAGAACGUGCGCCUGCGUGUCGGCCCGCGCAUCAUGUGGCUCUGCGGCUCGCCCGGCUGUGGCAAAUCGGCCGUCGCGCAGACCGUGGCGGAGUACUGCGCGGCGCACCGCGGGCCGGGGUCGCUCGGCGCGACGUUCUUCUUCGACCACGCGGACGCGGAGGUGUGCGACGUGCAGGCCGUGGUGCCUGCCAUCGCGCGGCAGCUGGCGGAGCGGAUCCCCGCACUCAGGCCGCACAUCUCCCAAGCGGUGCAGCAAGAUACGGCGAUCCGCACGCGCGAUGUCGAGGUCCAGGCGCAUGAACUUAUACUGGAGCCGUUUGCGGCCUUGGCAGGAGUCGGUGUCGAUGUUGCGGCGAUGGAUCCGGUGUUGGUCGUGAUUGAUGCGUUGGAUGCUUGUUGCACCACCUCCCGCUAUACUUCUUUGUCACCUCCCGACCGUCGCCCGACAUUCUCCUGGCGAUCAACAGCCCGACAUCCGGCCCAUUCGUCUCCAUCUUCACCUCGACGAGCUCACGUUCGACGCGGACAUCUUCUCUUUCUCAAAGCCGAAUUCGCGCACAUCGAGGCCACACAUCCGGCGUUCCAGGCCACUGCUGAGUCCGAGCACUGGCCCACAGAGGACAUCAUCCAUUUCCUCGUCAACACGACUGCCCGCCAUUUCCUGUACGCUGCGACGGUCAUGCAAUAUGUCGGCCAUCCAGAUGGCCUGCCUUCGCAGAGGCUGAGCGAGGUGCUUUCUGCUGCCGCGAAUCCUGCGAUCGGCAGGAGUCCUUUCGAGCAGCUGCCAUUGGCGUUCAAUGAGCUGCGAAACCUUCUCGACCCCAUCGAACAAGAAGCGGUCAAAGCGCUGAAAACUGCGUCUCCGGUCGUCCACGUACCGGAGGACAGCCCGGCGUUGGAUCUCGCGAGCACCCCAUGGAACCCGGGCCACAAGCGCCGACGCACGAUCCGGAUCCCCCAGCGAAACACGAUCGAGUUUCUGUUCGACGCAAGACGCGCGCCCGGCCAUCUGUGGGUCAAUCACGGCAUCCACCACGGGGAGAUGGCGAGGCGGUGCAUCCGGUUUCUGGGGCACGGGAUGGACGAUGCCGAGGAUGGGGUCGACCUGAUUACGUACCAGCCUGCUCGAUGCGCUGAGGCAGUCAGAUUCGUCUACUCGCGGGUGGCAGCCGAAGCCACCGCUGUGAUAUCGUGGCUCCAGAUGCUUUCGGACCCCCCGCACGACAUCCUCAAUCUAUGGCAGGAUUGGCUGGCGAAAAUCCAGGUCGAGCCAGUUAUUGGUCGUUUGGUUUGAUUUUUAGGGAUACCGGACUAUUGUUUGCGUCGCCAUGUUUUAUUACGAUCAUCCCCGGUCUCUGCCUGAAUUCAGAGUAGAUAUGGACCUGCCUUCUCUGGUUCAAGAUAAGACAUGUUACUGCCCAAGGCCAAGGCCAGCAUCCAGCGAUCAUUGAUCUGUCAAUCAUCUACUUACAGUGACAAAAACUGACAUUUCUCGAUCUUUGGGAGAGUCCCAUGAAACGCAUAGAGGACCUGCUAAGGGCAUACACUCUCCAAAGGAAGAUAGACUGCAGCUAGGAAGCUCGUGCUCUAUAUAGAUCCAAAUCCCG